AUGGCUUCAAUGUCAUAUGAAAUGAGAAAAGCAGAUAGGUUGCGAAAGAGAAGUGGAUCGGUUGAUUCUCAGGAAAGAGAUGAACUGCAUCAUGACGAUGACAGAGGGCACAGACGCCAUCGUGAAAAACAUAGAAAAAGGAGAAAAUAUCGUUCUCCUAAUAACAAGGUUCAUGACUCCUCUGAAGACUGCCCUCACAAGGAGGUUUACGACAAUCCUUCCUAUCGUCAUAGUGAAUCUAGAAGAGCAAGAAGAGGAUUAAAACACAGUGAUGAUGAAAAUCAAAAAGAAAGAAGACAACGACGAGAACCAGUGCAGGAAGUAUUAGUUGUCCAGCAUGAAGAAGAAAAUUUGGGAGCCGGUUUAGGAAUACUGGAACACAAAUCAGAACAACAAUGGAAUACAGACGUUUCCUCAUUCAUGAAAGAAAAUAAAAUAAAACAGAGAAAUGGUCCAGAUAAACAAGUGGAUGCUGAUUCAUAUGGGGAGAUAGAAUUCAUUGGAUUCGGACAACAUAAUAAGAAGUCACCAUAUGUUCGUGUUGACAUGGAAACAGAACCACACAUUUUAUGGGAUCUUCUGAUUAAUCAGUGGAAAAUGGAUAAACCUAAAGUGUUGAUAUCAGUCACUGGUGGUGCACAAGACUUCUUUUUCAAAGAUAGACUAAAGUUACUCUUCAACAAAGGAUUAUUUAAAGCUGCUGUCAGUACAGGUGCUUGGAUCAUCACUGGUGGUACAGCGGUUGGAGUCAUGAAGAAAGUUGGUGAGGCCAUCAUGGAAGAAAGUCAAGGAAUAACAUCAGACAAUCAGAAGCAAGUUGUCGCACUUGGAAUUGCCACAUGGACUAUGAUUGAUAAUAAGAAAGCACUGGAAGGAAGGCCUGGUGGUGGUGGGUUGUGGCCAGCCCAAUACAAAGAGUCAGAUCUGGGAAAGGAGAAAAAGUCAGCUUUAGACAGUAACCAUACACAUUUUAUACUCGUGGAUCAUGGUAAAGAAACUUUUGGGGCCGAUAUUAGACUAAGAGCUAACCUUGAGAAAUAUAUUGCUGAGAAAACAGAAAGAGAAACUGUUCAUAUUCCUGUGGUACUUGUCGUGGUGGAAGGUGGAUAUGGAACAUUUCAAACUGUGUAUGAAUCAUUGGUUCGUGAGGGAAAUGAACAGUCAGUGCCGGUGGUUGUUGUUGAUGGCAGUGGCAGAGCUGCUGAUGUCAUUGCUCUCUGUUUAAGAAAAACCAAAGAUGUUUCCAAAGAGAACCUAAAAAAAACUUAUCGAAAAAACCUGGAAAAAAACAUGAAAGAAUCAAUCCAAAACUUUGUAAGACUGAAAGAUGAUCAGAUGAAGCAGACUCUUGAUUGGCUGGCAGUCAUCAUGACGCACAGAAAUAUGAUAACAGUAUUCCAAAUGCAAGAGGCUAACUUCAAAGAUAUUGACAGAGCUAUUCUACAUGGAUUGCUGCAAG